AUGUCAUCCUGGGGCAUCUGCCCCGUCUUAGACUACGACAUCAGCUCCAUGAUCGACUUUGUCACUCAGAAUAUCCCCACACUUCUCGCACAGCCGCAACUUACGCCGGAUUAUCAUGCGUUCAUCUCCGCGAUCCUUCGGCCAGCCCGGCUUCCAAAAGCCACAUAA